AUGGAGACCGGGAGAGCACCCAGCUGCCUGCCACCCCCUCGGAGGGACCAGAUCUACGUCGUCGUUCACUCCAUUGACAGCGGUCAGAUCACUCUGCCCGAACGUUACUUUCUCUCCCCCAGUGAUCCCAUCGCGCGAGAGGGGACCGAGUUAGAGGUCGUCAUGGCGCACGACGUCCAGUGGUGGAAGAACCUGCGAUAUACAUGCGGUGUCCCGCCCACUGCGAUAUACAUGCUGAAAUUCGACUUUGCCCCAAUCGGCCUGAUUUAG